UCCGGAGGAGGGCCACAGUGGGCGACUCACCUGGACACGGCUACCUCAGGGAUUCAAAAAUUCGCCCACUGUCUUCGACGAGGCACUACACGAGGACCUGGGUGAGUACAAAAGGGAGCACCCUGGUGCUACACGAGGACCUGGGUGAGUACAGCGAGGGACCCAGGACCUGCUGGCUACCCUGGGGGCCUUAGGGUACCGGGCAUCCACGAAGAAGGCUCAGAUAUGCAGCGAGAGGGUUUUGCUAAGAUCGCCAGGCCCCUAUAUGAAGCUACCAAAGAGGGGAAAACAUUGAAAUGGGCUGAAAAACAAGAAACUGCCUUUAAUCAGUUAAAAAAGGCCCUCCUAUGUGCCCCAGCCCUGGGCCUACCAGACAUUACGAAGCCCUUCCACCUCUUUGUAGACGAACAUCAGGGAAUAGCAAAAGGGGUUCUAACUCAAGCCUUAGGCCCCUGGAAUCACCUGGUGGCUUACCUGUCCAAGAAACUCGACCCAGUGGCUGCCGGCUGGCCGCCAUGCCUAAGAAUUAUUGCGGCGACAGCACUCCUAGUCAAGGACGCAGACAAACUGACCCUAGAACAGGAGAUCUGGAUCACGACCCCACACGCCAUUGAAGGGGUCCUGAAACAGCCUCCUGAUAGAUGGAUGAGCAACACACGUGUGACUCAUUACCAGAGCCUCCUACUCAACCCUCCACGAGCGCAGUUCCACCCCAGUGCAGCCCUCAAUCCUGCAACCCUGCUGCCCGACCCUGACCUAGGUGCUCCACUACAUGACUGUGCGGGAAUCCUGGAACGAGUACAUGGAUUCCGGACGGACCUGACCGACCGGCCCCUCCCCAAUGCCGAGGCUACUUGGUUCACUGAUGGCAGCAGCUUUGUGCGAGACAGACACAGAUUCACCAACAGGACACCAGAAUAGAGCAAGUUGUAUCUGCUUGCAAGACCUGCCAACUCACCAACGCGAGGGCCACAUCAAAUAAAAAAGGAACCAGGCUCAGAGGCACCAGACCGGGAGCCCAAUGGGAGGUCGACUUCACUGAAGUCAAACCAGGAAAUUACAGUUAUAAAUAUCUUUUCGUAUUUAUGGACACCUUCUCUGGCUGGGUGGAGGCAUACCCAACCAAGCAUGAAACGGCUCAGACGGUGGCUAAGAAGCUACUAGAAGACAUCUUACCCGGGUCUGGUUUUCCUGCCAUGGUAGGAUCAGACAACGGACCAGCUUUUAUCUCGCAGGUAACACAGGCAGUAGCCAAGGCGGUGGGGGCAAACUGGAAAUUACAUUGUGCUUAUAGGCCCCAGAGCUCAGGACAGGUAGAAAGAAUGAAUGGAACCCUAAAAGAGACCCUUACCAAAUUAACCAUGGAGACUGGUGGGGACUGGGUGACUCUCCUACCAUACGCCCUUUACCGGGUUAGGAACACUCCUUACACUGGGUUUUACUCCCUACGAGAUCAUAUUUAGCAGGCCACCCCCUAUUAUUCCCAAACUUUAGUUUAAAGAUCAAGAACUUUUUCUUUCCUUGAGAGGGCUCCAAAGGGCGCACGAGGACAUUUGGCCGCGCCUCCGUGCCAUCUACGAGGCUGGCCCAACCCGACACCUCAUCAGUACAGGCCAGGAGACUGGGUCUACAUUAAGAGGCACCACCGAGAGACCUCGAGCCGUGCUGGAAAGGACCCUACAUCGUGGUGCUGACAACCCCCACCACUCUCAAAGUAGAUGGCAUCGUGACCUGGGUCCAUCACACCCACGUUCGGCCAGUGGACCCCUCCUCGAUCCGGAAGGACUUUGUCACGCGAUGAGCCAUCAAUCGGGACCAACAGGACCCGCUCAAGCUCACCCACCAAAUAUUCGUAACUCUAUUAACUCUGCAUGUCAUUGCUCAUGCUGCCGGGAGUCCCCACGCCCCCAAAACAUCACCUGGCAGAUCAUAGACACCGGCUCGGGGACAGUACUUAAUCAGACCUCCCAGAGCCACCCCAGGGACACUUGGUUCCCAGAACUUUGCGUAACCUCCAAACUCUGUUGCCCUUGUCACCAUAAAUGCAGCCGGUCCCAUGAUUGGGUC